GAAGACCCGAAAUUGCUUAAAAAAGAAAAAAAAAAUAUUUGAAAAGAAGAUAAAAAAAAAUUGGGGUUAAUCUAAGGGAGCAUUGACCCAAAAAUGCAAAUCUUUCUUUAAAGCAGCUCCAUUAUUAAUGGAAGUAGAUUUUGCUGGUCUUUUUGUCAGAACUGAAGUGAACUGGGUCUGAUUUGAAUGAAUAUUCUAUCAGUUCUAGUUCUGUUGCUUGCCUGAAUCUUACAGAUCACUCAAAGUUUGAAUAGUAAGCUUUGAGAAAAGAGGAAAGAAGAGCUGAAUUAUGCUGCAGAAGGGGUAAGGGGAUUUAGAAUCCGACAAAGAUUGUAAGGAUAUUGAUGGACUACGCUAUUCUCUGAGGGCUUCCGGUUUUGUUGACAGGACACCAACAUGGUGAAUCACUGGUCUGAGCCUCAUCCACCUGAGAGCGACAUUCAGAACUCUAUCUGGACUGUGAAUAAUUCCGCUGCAGCACACCUAUUUGAGAAUGGUGAUACUAUAAAAAAGGAACUAUUUGAUAUCUGUGCUGGUAUCACCCUUCCUUGUAGAGGGCAACAAGUUUAUUAUUUUCCACAAGGAUACAUAGAACAGUUUAUGAAUAAGGAGAUAGAGCUUCCAUUUGAACUUCCAUCUAAAAUCCUUUGUGAAGUGUCGAAUGCUUAUUAUAAGGCUAUACAAAAAACAGACCAAAUUGUUGGAGAAAUAACAUUGGCUCCUCUAACAAAUCGUAGAGAGGUCACUAGUAGCCCAAAUCCUCAACCCUUGGCUGCUGAAAGGCCUGCAGUUCAUUCAUAUAGUAUAAGACUUACUCGUUCAAACGUACAACCACAUGGUACUUUAUCUAUUAAAAAGGAUUUUGCGGAGAAAUGUCUACCUCCAUUGGAAAUCCUUGAGUCACAGGAGGAAGCACAUCAGUACUUGUUUGCAACUGAUCUACAAGGAAAGGAAUGGCGAUUCAAACAUGUUUUUAGGGGCAAACCUAAUAAGCGACACUUGCUGACGGAGGGGUGGAAGGACUUUGCUAAGUCAAAAAAGCUAGAAAAAGGUGAUGAGUUAAUCUUCUUAAGGGGAGAAACAGGACAACUUCUGAUUGGUUUAAAGAAGCUCAAAGACACAGAUGACAAAUUUUCUGUGAUAUCUUUGGAAAACAAAUGUGUUGGGGCUUUGACUAGAGCUCAUAUGGCCAUCGAUAGGGGAACUUCCUUUUCUUUCAACUACAAGCCUAGGGCAAAUAGGUGUGAGUUCAUGGUAAAUGUCAACAAGUACCUCGAAGCUCAAAAUCACAACUUAUCUAUUGGGACUAGGUUUUCAAUGAGAUUUGAGGUUGGGAAAGUUCAUAAAAGCUUCAUUGGCACUAUUGCUGGUUUUGAUGAUAAUGAAUCAUCAAGAUGGGUUAGUUCUCAGUGGAGAUCGAUAAAGGUUAAUUGGGAUAAAGCUUCACCUUUCCUUCCAAGAAGAGUGUCACCAUGGGAAUUGGAACCAACUUCAAACUCUCAAAUUAUUCUAAGUAGCAAGCGAGCACUACAUACUGUUGGCUUUGCUCAGCAUAUUUCCUGCCAGAGGCGUAGGAUAGAAGGAGAACUUAAUAAGAGUUGUUCUUGUAUUAACAAGGUGGAGUCAAGCUAUGAUGAUGAUACUAGUGGAGCUAACAAGGAGGGGGAUAUUGAGGUGAGCACUGAAAGAAAUGAAUCUGGUAAUAUUGAGUGCCCUGACAGUGAGCUUGAUAAACUUCAUUCGAAUUUUUGUUGGGAACAAAAUUCACCUGGCCUUUCUCCAACAGAGUUUGGAAAUUUGUCACCUGAUCUUAGGGAGUUCAGAAAUUCACCCCCUCUUGUUUUUCGGUCUAAUGAGUGUACGACUCUUCCUUUAACAGAAUUUGAGAUUUCUCUGCAGCCACCUCAAGUUGCAAGCACAUCUCAAGGAAGCUUGAUUAGAACUUUUCAAGAAAGUUGUGGUCCAGCUGAAAGAAAUAGAUUUGGGAAUAUUGAGUGCCCUCAUGAAUUUGAUAUGGAUAAUUUCUGUUGGGCACAAAAUUCACCCAGUCUUCCUCUUGUUGACAGAACUCGUCCUCCAACUGAAAUUUCAUGUCAGCAGCCUCAACUUGCAAGGACAUCUCAAGGACACAUGAUUGGAACUUCUUAUAAUAUGGAUUGUAAAGUGGAUUUUCACAGUUUUCGUAUAUCGAACCAUGUUAUCCCUUACCUGGAAAGUAUCUAUUCGAAAAUAGGUAACUUUUGGAGGGAAUCCGAGGUAGAGAGUGCAUCUAUAAUGGAAGCUACUUUGGAGGAACUUGGAAAGGCACUGUACCUAAUGAUGAAAGAUGGAAACUUGGUGUCAUUGAAUACAGAAGAAUUAAAGACGAUAAAAUCUAAGAUAAAGGAUGCUACAGUGGUUGGGUUCAAGUUGGAUGGCCUGCAAUCUAUUGUAAGGAAAGCAGAGGCAGUAUUGAGAGCAAAGGACCAGUGUCAUUCUUUGGAGGAGCAGAAGUCUUGUCUAGAAUCUCAACUGCGAGGGGUAGAAUCUGAACAUCAGAAUGCAGAGGGUGAGCUAAAAAAUUGUCAACAAGAGCUUGGAUCUCUAGUAUCUGACAUUUUCCCUAGUUUCAUUUGACAUUUUCUUUCUUAGUAUUUGUAACAUCUUUGGAUUCUGAAGAUUAAAUUGUAGCAUUCAGAGUCAACCGCGCUACAAGAAGAAUCAUGCAGAGGAUUUUCUGAUGGAAGGAUUAUACAGCAUUUUACAUUGCACCCUAUUUAGAAAA